UGACUGUUGACUUCUGCCAGAAUCUGUCGUCACACUCUCUUCUAUUAAAUGACACUCCCUCCUCCUAGACUCCACAGGCCAUACUUCUUCUCUCACAUUAUCUUCUUUUUCUUUCUCUCUGUGUCAGUUUCUUUGUUCAUGACUCCAGAAAACUAGGCCCUUUAAGGAGUUAUUGUUUAACCUCUUCUGGAAGUAGAGAGUAACUACCUUGGUUCUGUGUUGGACCAUGGAAGGAGGAAUAGUUCCAGUAACCGAUGUUUCGGCUUUCAGAGAAUGUUUUUCUUUGGCAUGGAAGAACCCUUAUGUUCUUCGGCUAGCUUUCUCUGCGGGGAUCGGUGGUUUGCUCUUUGGUUAUGAUACUGGUGUUAUUUCUGGUGCUCUUCUCUAUAUUAGAGAUGAGUUCGAUUCUGUUGAUAGGGAGACUGUUCUGCAGGAAACUAUUGUCAGUAUGGCAGUUGCCGGAGCAAUCAUAGGUGCUGCGAUUGGUGGAUGGAUGAACGACCGAUUUGGCCGGAGAAUCUCACUCCUGGUUGCAGAUUUUCUCUUCUUUGUUGGAGCUGUUUUCAUGGCCUCUGCUCCCAACCCAGGUCUAUUGAUCGUUGGUCGUGUUUUUGUUGGUCUCGGUGUUGGUAUGGCGUCGAUGACAGCUCCACUAUACAUCUCAGAAGCUUCCCCUCCGAAAGUCCGAGGUGCCCUGGUCAGCACCAAUGCUUUCCUUAUAACUGGAGGCCAGUUUAUAUCUUACCUGAUCAACUUAGCAUUCACCAAGGCUCCAGGGACAUGGAGGUGGAUGCUUGGAGUUGCUGGAAUACCAGCUUUAAUUCAAUUUGUAUUGAUGUGGAUUCUCCCAGAGUCACCAAGAUGGCUAUACAGAAAGGGGAGGGAAGAAGAAGCCAAAGCCAUACUAAGAAAAAUAUUCCCUGCGCAUGAGGUUGAAGAAGAGAUACAAGCUCUGAAAGAAUCGGUUGAUGCAGAGGUAAAGGAAGAAGGAUCAUCGGAGAAGAUUAAUUUCACCAAGAUACUUAAAACCAAAACAGUCAGGAGAGCACUUAUAGCAGGUGUAGGACUACAGAUCUUUCAACAAUUUGUGGGCAUUAACACAGUAAUGUAUUAUAGCCCCACAAUUGUUCAGUUGGCUGGUUUUGCGUCGAACCAAACAGCUCUCCUACUAUCCCUUAUCACAGCAGGUCUCAAUGCUGCAGGCUCCAUUGUGAGCAUAUAUUUUGUAGACAGGACAGGCAGGAAGAAACUUCUGAUUAUCAGUCUAAUUGGUGUUAUGAUCUCACUAGCAUUUCUAUCUGCUACGUUCCAUGAGACCACUGCGCAAUCACCAGCAGUUAGCAAGCAGGAUACAGCCCAAUUCUCUGGUAUGACCUGCCCAGAUUACCAGUCCACAUCUGUUGCUUGGGACUGUAUGCGGUGCUUGAAGGCCUCUUCUCCAGAUUGUGGCUUCUGUGCAUCUGCAACCAACAAGUUAUAUCCUGGGGCAUGUUUGAUUUCAAAUACAACAGUGAAGAAUACGUGUCAUGGGGAAUAUAGGCUAUGGUACACAAGAGGUUGUCCUAGCAGAUAUGGGUGGGUGGCUUUAAUUGGAUUAGCCCUUUACAUCAUAUUCUUUUCCCCUGGGAUGGGUUCUGUUCCAUGGAUUGUGAACUCUGAGAUAUACCCUUUGAGGUUCAGAGGUGUCUGUGGAGGUAUAGCUGCCACUGCUAACUGGAUCUCAAAUCUGAUUGUGGCUCAGUCCUUCCUCUCCUUAGCACAGGGAAUUGGGACUGCAUGGACUUUCCUCGUUUUUGGGGUAAUCGCUGUAGUUGGCUUGCUCUUUGUGUUGGUUUGUGUCCCAGAGACCAAGGGACUACCAAUUGAGGAAGUUGAGAAGGUGCUUGACGGAAGAGCUUUUCACUUUAGGUUCUGGAGAAAGGAAUCAGAUGAUUUGGAGAAAUAAGAAUGUGAAUCAAGAGUGAUAUAGUAAGAUAAUUUGAAUACCAAGGUCGAAACCAAUUUAUAUUUUGAGAUGAUCAGAUGUGUACAUUUUUUUUUUUUUUUUUUUUUUUAACUACAUAUGGGCAUCUUCUUUUCCGGACAAAAAAAAAAAAAAAACAUAGUGUCACCAAAGGCUUGUUAGUAUUACUAGUAUUUUUCCCAUAGGUUUCAUUUGGUUGCAUGUAAAUAGGUGGAAAAGGAAAAAAUCAUGUGAAAUAGGAUCAUCCCAUGUUUGUUUAAACAUGAAGUCUUUUCAACUCCCA